AUGACCUUCCCCCUGACCCUGCUCCUGCCGCUGUUGGCGCUAGUACUGAUAUCCCCAUUUGCCAGUGCCUUUUCCAGCAAUGGCAUUCCUCUGAACGUACAGCAGCAGCACUCGAUGAAUGGGGGCAGAAGAUGGCGAUCUGACUUUGCCUCUCCUGCCAAUCAACGACAUCUUUCUGUGAUCAAUACCAGAAGACAACGACGAGAUCUUGUCAGAAUACAAAGCGGCGAAGAAACGAGCUCUUGGAAGGAAGGCGAAUCUAUGGCAGCCAUCGUACAACGAAUUCGGUCCUUGCUAACCGACACUACCCGAAAGGUCAUCCAAUGGUGCCACCGUCCAUUUACCCAAGCACAGCAAUGGGCCAUCUUGCUGGUGUACUACUUUUUCCAUUUAAUGGUCCUCAGUCAACAUAUCAUUCUCUUUCCAUUUCAACUCAUACCCAACAAUAAGGGACAUUUCUGCUUUCUGGGAUGGGAUUCAGUGGCAGGCAUGAUGUUCUUGGCUAUUUUUGUGGCGCUCAAAAAAGGAUCUUUGUUUCAAAAUCCCUGGCAACAACUCAUUGAUCACAUCUCAACAAAAUCAUCAGUGCCAUCAUCGCCAUCACCACCAUCAUCAUCACUACAAGCCACUACUACUAGCACGACAGCAGAUACAAAACAAUCGAAAGACAAGGCAGAAAUGGAUGACAUUGUCUCCCAAGUUCUAGAAAAGUUACCCAGAAAUGUUGGACUGCAAAGAACCAAACCAGCAUCACCGGAUGACACUGAAAAAGAAGAACAGUUCAUUGAAGUGCUGCCAGGCACUCGUUCUUCCACAAUAAAUUCCGACAAGAACAGCACACAAGAAUCCAAGGAACAAUCCACUUCUCCCAAUGUCACUGCAGCAACCACAGAAUCAUCACAACCAACAACAACAACGCCUGCAGCAGUCCCAUCCUUGUCUUAUAAUGCAUCACAGAUAAUGUUGGAGAAUGAUGAGACCACCACUGCAACUACCAACACAACAACAGUGCUGCAGCAGUCGGACAUAGCAGAGGUGACCAACAACACUGGCACUUCUUUUACCCCUAGUGCUGCUGCUGCAACUGCUACUACCGAGGACUCGUCUUUUACACCAUUUCCACGCUUGGAUGCAAUCUCUCAGCAGAUCAGUGAUGCGAUUCAGCAACAAUUUGACAAUACCAUGACCUUUUUCGCCAACAUGUCUAAUAGUGUCAACACUAAUGACAACAACAACAACAAUACAACAAAAUCCAUCACGCAACAGCAACAAGGAGGACUGGGUGCAGGAGCAGACUUGUUGGCCAACAUGACAGUCGCGGAUCGACGGCGGAUCCUCACCAAGGGGUCCGUCACGCUAGCCAUUUAUCUACUCGUCCAAACGUAUUUUGCAACGGCACGGUUUUCCUUUUUCUGGGAAGAUACACUCUAUGCCAUGGCCGGGGUCGGAUUCCCAAUGACGGUGGCCAUGCAUCGAUCCUUGUGCGUCUUGUUGGGGCAUUUGACAUGGGUGGGUGUGGGCAGUGCCAUUUUGGGGAUUGUGCCACGACCACGCUUUUUUGGUCGGACUACCAAAUGGUACCGGCAAACAAGUAUUUGGAACAAUGGUAGUGAUAGUAGUAGUGGAGACAGCAACAACAACAAUGACGACGAUACGAGUGCAACGACAACCACAACACGAAAGAAGAAUAACACCUGGAUUUGGUGGAUCAUUGGGGGCUACAGUGUAUCCGCGUGGUUCUUCAACAUGGCCGACUUUGUGAACUUGUACACACUGCCACAACAAGUUUUGGAAGAGGCCAUUCUGCAAGAAGGAGUUGUCACGCAACUGAUCAACCCCGAAAACAAUGAUUUUCUGGCCAGUCUGGUGGGGUACAUUGCUCCGUGUUUGUCCGCGCCCUGGUGGGAAGAAAUCCUCUACCGAGCCUUUUUCUUUCCUGCCUUGUCGCUGUUCUUCCCCGUGUGGGCCAGCGUCCUCAUUAGUGGCGUCGUUUUUUCGGCGCAUCAUUUAAGCUUGACGGCCGCUCUGCCGCUGGCCGUUCUGGGAUGGACGUGGGCGGGCCUCUACAUGGCCAGCAACAAUCUAUGGACAACCAUCGCUGUGCAUGCCCUGUGGAAUAGCCGCGUGUUCUUGUCCAGUUGGCUGGGAGUAUAG